AUGCCUCGUACGACACAUAAGGAAGUUCGACCAUUUCAUGGAAUGGGAAGCAAUGAUACAAGCAGUCAGGAAAGAAGGGUUGGUGAAGAUGAUGUUCCGUAUGCAGUCAAAGAGAUGGCAACACUCGAAGAUACUUCCAAUGUAGAUUUUGAAAUGGAAUUAGAAGAUAUGGAUAAGGAUGAGGACACGGAUGAGGAUGACGGGGGGCAGACAGAAAUCUUUCCUCCAGAUACAAAAUUUAUCCGAAAGUCAGACUUAUUCGUCAUUGAUCCCAGCUCAUUCGCGCGUGAUAUUCGUCGAGUAUACUUGCAUUCCAAUUACGAGAACAUUGAAAACCUUCGCAACGGCUCAGAUAAAACUCAUCACCUCCGUCUCACGCUUGCUCUGACAGCCCUAGUAUCAGAUUCAAUGAAGCCAAAGGCUAGACUAGUUCUAAUAGCCUUAGGAUUUCUGACAAAUAAGAUGUACAGUAAUACGCAAGCUCCAACAUUGUUCGAUAUUCAGCUGUCGGCCGCUGCAGCUUGGUAUUUGGCGGAAGCUAAUAAGGAGUAUAUCACAAUGAAAACCCACGCAAUGCAUUAUCUAACACCCAAUAGAUCAUCAAGACCAGCUCCUUACCGGCUCCCUUUGACUACAAGAACAAGCCCAUCUACAUCUUCUUCUUCUCGAUUGUUUGUUGAUGAGAAUCAGAGGAAACAUGCUCGUGGAACUGACUACACUCGUGGAAACUUGUAUACAGCCACAGUGAACCAGAAAUGGUCCCCAAUAGGAUUCGCAGCUACACAGUUGUAUGAUAUGGAGACCGGAAGUGCAUUUGACCGGGAAACAUGUGAAAGACAUCGACUACAUGGAGUGGCUCAAUUUGGCAAGCAAAUGUCGAGAAGAAGGGAAAGACUUCUUGAAAAGUUCUCGCUGGGAAUGGCCACUCAGACGGCACUGGUUGAUAAUGCCGACGAGCUUUUGGUUUGCUAUGGGUCUUCUCAAAAGGCAAACAAAUAUGUUCCUGUCAACCCUUCGAUUUUCACGAAAAUGAGCGGUAAGAUUACUAAUCAAUACGUUAUCAAGUCAGCGCAUACUCAGACUACAUCAUCGCGGGUUUUGGUCAAACGAACAGCCAAGACCGAAAAACCCAAAAAUAGAGUGAGAGCCCGAUACAACGCGAAAUUUGGAAAAUCCCAAAGUGAGCAAGCAGCGAUUUGGCUACAUGAUGAACUAAUGAAGGGAGAGGCAUCAGAAUUGAAAUCACAUCCCCUGAACUUCAAUUCGAGCAAUGUUAGUGGCGAAGACGCUCCCAACUUCAGCGGAACUCCCAAUUACGACGGAUCUGGAGACGAUGUCGACGACAGCAUUGAUAUUGAAGGCUGCUAA